AUGGAUAUAACCCUAAAAUCAAAUGAAUUUUCCAUAGACACUUAUGCACAAAAUAGUGAUGUAUCAAAUGAAGAUAUAAAUAAUGAAUCUACAUUUGAAUUUCGUAAAGAUGAAAUAUUAGGAUCUUUAAGUACAGUGAAGAAAAAUAUUAAUGAUAAGGAUAACAAAAUUAUAGCUAUUUUCCCUAGAUCUAUAUUUAUUUCAUCUGAUAUUCUACAUUCAGAUAAUAUUCCCCUUAAUAAUGAAAUAAUGAAGACUACAAAGAUUUCAUAUGAUUUUUAUUUAUCCAAAAUUAUGAAAUUUCUACACAUAGCUGAUUUGAGAAGAUGUUUUAAUAAAAAGACAUAUAUGAGUUUUAUUGUAUCAAUUAUUAUUUUCUUUCUUCAACCUGCGAACACAGCUGAUCCAUAUGAAGAAAAAGAAAAGAGAUUUAGUUCUCUUUGUCAAAAAAUUAUUAUGAAGUGGUUAUCACCAUAUAUAGAGGGCCCCGAAAAGAGUCUUUAUGGCAAUAUGUAUAUUGGUUAUGGAGACACUAUUACUCUGCCUCCUGAAAUGUUUGAAACAAAAUAUUUAGUAAUAAUUUUUUCUACUCUUUUCAUCUUUUUAUUUAUUAUGGUAAAGAAUAAUAUAAAAGAAUACAAUCAUUCAUUUUUUUAA